ACAUAACCCUACUUAUCAAUUUUGACGUUUAUCUGUGAAAUUAUCGCACAAAUUUUAAUUAAAUUAUGGAUUAUUAUUCAAGCAAUGGACUUUAACCCAAAUAAAAAAAUAAAUAAAUUAUUUGCAAAAUAGCUACAAACAAAUUGAGGCCACACAAUGAAUCUAGACGACGUAAUUUAUUUGGGCCUAUUAUUAUCCACAAUCGUAUUUGGUUGUUUUUACAGAAAAAUCAAUGAUCCUAAUUUAAAAAAGAAUGUUGGGAGUUUGGUGGGGUUAUUGGUUAUUCUUUCAGUGUCUGGAGUUCAUAUUUUGCACCCUCUCCUUUCCACGGUGAUUGCGGCGCAAAUUAUUCUGCAUGUCAGCAAAAAAAAAUGCCACAUUGCGACGUUUGUUUUUUGCUUUUUGUAUUUGUUUUUUUUUCGUACGACGGUACAUUUUGGCGUACCAUACCCGCCAGCUCAUACAAACUUAAUCCAAAUGAUAUUAACAUUAAAAUUGGUGGGAUUAUCUUUGGAAGUAAGCAGUUCCCAUGAAAAUAAAAAAAGGAAAGAUUCCUCGAGUAAAAGUGAAGAAGAAAAAUAUGAAGAAAAACACAACGAUAUCGACAAUCUUAAAUUUAUAGACAUUUUACACUACUCUUUUAACUAUGUGGGUAUUUUAACAGGACCAUAUUACAGAUACAGAACAUUCGUAGAUUCCAUUGAAAAACCAUACAUUAAAUAUGACAAUUGGAAGGAUAAUUUAAUAGAAAAAUUAAAGUAUGUCCCAAUUUUCGCCAUAUUUUUUCUAGUUGCCAGUCAUUAUUGGCCUUUAUCAUACGCUUUGUCCGACGAAUUUUACAACGAAAGAUCUUGGCUCUACAGGUACUGGUACAUUUGGCCUAAUUUUUUUAUUUUUCGCAUGAGAAUUUACAUCGGUUUGUUGCUGUCGGAAUCUGCCUGCGUUACGGCGGGUUUGGGGCUCUACCCCGCCAUCACGCAGCCCAAAUCGGGGCACGGGCCCUCGCAACAGUUCAAAUGUUUAGUUGAAAGUAAAACCCCUAAAGAACUGGAGUCUCUAGAAUACAACUACAAAACAAUUUACAACAUAAACCCAUAUGGGUCAGACUUUUGCGUGACAUACCGCGAGGGUAUGAAACAUUGGAACAUCUGCGUACAGUACUGGUUAGCGGUGAACGUGUACAAAAAAUUUCCAUUUAAAAAACUUCGCACCAUUGCGACGUUGAUGAUUUCUGCCGUUUGGCAUGGAGUCUGGACCGGGUAUUACGUUUGUAUUGGAACUGUACCUUUUGGACUCAUGGUUGAAGAUAUUUGGGUGCAGUUGCUGCUAAAGGAUCACCAAGGAACGGCCUUAAAACGCAACGAAUGGUUUGUGUGGUUCUAUAAAAUGAAAGUGUUUUCCUACCAAGCCAUUGCAUUCCAUUUAUUGGAAAUAAACAAAAUAAUAAAAUAUUUUAACUCGAUUUAUCAUGUUGGUCUUAUCAUUCACUUGUUUUGGUAUGUUGUGGGUCUACAACUUUUAAAAGCUAAAAAAUCUAAAGAACAAAAAAUUACGAAAGAACAAAAAGGUGAAUAAGUUAAUAAACGAACAAAAUAUUAAUGUAAAUAGUGAUUAUAUAAUUAAAAAUAUAUUAUUAUGACUGAAUUUUUGUGUUGUCCUUAAACCAUCU